UUCAGGGAGGCUAAUGAACAGUUACUCAAUAUAUUUAUUUGCAUGUGACCAAAUUAGCUUGAAAUACAAGUUUAGGUAAGGACAACACAUUUGAUCUGAUUAUUUCAGUUACCAUAGAGUGAUAAUUCCUUGAUGUCAUAUCAUUUUCUUACGGUUCAGCACAAUAAUAGUGAAAAUUAAGGCCUAAAAAUAAAUCUGACAUUAAAUUUAUUCCACUCAUCAAUAGUUGAAACUAAAACUCAAGUUGUACAAUUAAAAAUUAUAUUCAGCAUUGUGUUUAUCACCAGAAAUAUCAGAGUUUUGUUACUGCAGCACUUCAUAUUCAUGUCAACUAAUGGUUAAAAUGCUCCUUAUAAGGCGCUUAAAGCAUUUAUAAUGGUUAAUAUCAGCAUAAUUUACACAUUAAUUGUUCCUUUUAGACACUUGGAGGUUCUCAUUUAAAACUUGUUAAUAGUUCAUACAUAAAUCAUAAACAUCAAAUUGGAGGGGGUCAUGAUGGGAGGCCACAGCCAAUGUUGAAAGCUUAGAUCAAACCCUUUCUAUACAUUAAACUAAACAAAAACUAAUUACAGGCUCUAAUACCUGCUGCUCUGGGUCAGCUUCAUGUCAACCCCCCAUCCUCCAUUUGUCCUGUUCCACAUAUCUCUCUCUCUCUCUCUCCGACUAGUGCUGGUGGCUGCAGCCCCUCCCAUCCUGUUCCCACUCUUGCUUCCCCCUCCUCUCCAUCCCUCAUCUCAUGAGCGAUGAACCUCGGCUCCGCUCAGCAGAAGAAAGGAUGUACCUUCCUCUUUACAUGUGAACAGACUCAAACAUACAAACACGGUAGGUUGAAAUCUGGUUGUUGGUGGCUGUGUUAUAAAAUGUAGCCUAUUUUGAAGCUGUUUUUUUGUAAUUGUUUGACCACCAGGGAGCUGUGAAGCCGAGUCUGUGUCAAACAGAAAGUGAAAGUUAAGGAGUCAAACGACUGUGGAGGACACAACAUGGACGGUAAGGUCUUAUCAAUUCUUUCAUGCUUUAUGGAAAUUUAGGUCAAAUUUUCCCUAAAUGUAUUAUUAGUAACAUAUUAGAGGCUAACUAAUCUCUUAAGGAUUGUAUGAAGUGAAAUGCAGCAGUCGAGCAUGAUGCUGUCUGUGUAUGCUGACUCACAUGAGUGUACAGAAAAUCAGAAACCAUUAGCAGAUAUCAGAUAUCCUGAAUCAGAAUUCACUACAGAGUCUUAAUUGAUCUCUUGUAGUUUGGAGCAACACUUAUUCUAUAUUUGAGUUUCAGAGGACACAUGAGAAUUAUACAGCAAUAAAUCCACAACGAACCAGCUGGCACAGCAUAUUAGAAAAAAAGACUCUUAAAGUUUUGGUUUUAGUUAAAAACACGAAAGUACAAAGAAGGACUGUCUUGAUAUCACAUUUUCACCUCACAAUUAUUAUGGCAAAAAGUUAAUAAAAAAAACUAUUUAUGAAAAAAAAAAAGGAAAAAGAAACAAUUUGCGAUGCUUUUAUUUUGACAUCCUUGCUGUCCUUCAUGUAAGUUGCUUCAGUUUCUUUAUUAUAAGAUCAUGCUUUUAUUUCGAAAUGAAGUACAUGCCACUCCUGGUAGAUUGUGAGUUAUUGAAAAGAGAAUUUAGAAAAGCCCAAAUGUUACAUACAUUAGCGCCCCCAGGAGAGGCAAAAGGGAGAAAAAUAUCCCUUAUGUGGAAAUGUAGGGGUUGCAAUCUGUUUCUAUCAAUAUUUUUGCAGCAAGUUAUUAUGGACAUAACUUUUUUUCAGAGUCAAACCCAAUGAGAGUCCUCAUUUUGGGGGAAACUGGAUGUGGAAAGAGCAGCCUGGCUAACACCAUAUUAUCAGACACUGUGAUCAACAGCAUCCACUCAUCCAAAUCUGCAUCCACUUGUUUUCAAGCAGGGACAAAGUCUUCAAAAAACAUCAUUAUCACUGAAGUUGACACUUUUAGUCCGUUUUUGGAUCCGAUAGCGAGGUUUAUCACAGUGUGCCAUCCUGAGCCUCCUGUUUUCUUUAUUGUGCUUAAAGUGGAGAAGUUCAUAGAGCAAGAACAUGGCGCCAUCGCCGAAAUAUUCGAAUGGUACUCUGAUGUAAUCUUCAAAAACGCAAUAGUUGUCUUCACUCAUGGUGACCGGCUCCCAGAAGGGCAGACAAUACAUGACUUUGUUUAUGAGAACAAGAAGCUAAGGGAUCUGGUGAGGAGGUGUGGGGGUCGAUGUCACGUUGUUGAUAACAAAUACUGGAAAAACAAUGAAGAGGACAACUACAGGAGUAACCACUUCCAGGUGGCACAGCUGCUCAAGACUAUGGACGAAAUGGUGACAGAAAACAAAUGCUGCUCCUCUUCCUCAUGUCCAGAGGCAGAAACUGAGGGGGCAAUGAUGGGAUUGGGAGAGAGAACAACAGAGGAAGAAGACACAGUGAUCUCAACGGAACAAGUGGCUGAUGGAGAUGGUGUGGAAGUAACUGAAAGAGGUGGAGCGUCAAGUCGUAAUGCAGAGAAGAUGCACAGAGAAGUGGAGAAACAAACAGAGAAAGAAAGCAAAGGAAGUUCAAAUGGAGAGAGCAGCAAGGCUAGACAUAAUACAACCAACGCCAAAGAGGGGGAGCGAGAAGGAAAAGAAGAAGAGGAUGAAACAGCAGAGGAGAAUAAAGCACAAAAGGAAGUUAGAGCUUUGGCUGGUUUCUCCAGACAUCAUAGAAUUCCACUGGAGAUCGCUUUGGAGCUGUUGUGUCCAAUUCCUGUAGGAGUCAUCAGAGCAGCAACAGCAUUGUCUAAGAAAGCAAUAUCAAGAACAACAUCUCCAAGAGAAGAAGCAGAAAGAGCAGAAGAGGAAAAGGUAGGUCAAGACCAAGAGGAUGCAGAGACUACAAAGGAGGAUUGCAUAGAGGCAGAAGGAUUGAGACAUGUUGUGUGUUUCAUAAGAAAACACAAAGUUCCACUGCAGAUUGCUUCCUGGUUUUUAUGUCCAGCUGCUACAGGAUUAUUAACAGUCGCAACAAUAUUAGAUGCAACACUGAAAACAAAGAGAUCCUCAGGAAAAAAUGCAGAAAGGGAAACUACAGAAAAAGAAACAUCAGAAGAUGAAACAGAAGAAACAAAACCAGAAAAUGAAACAAAAGAUAAAACAGAUGAAACAAAACCAGAAAAUAAGACAACCAAAGAUAGAAAAGAAGAAACAAAACCAGAAAAAAAGACAAAUGAAGAUGAAAGGGAGGAGAAAAAAUCUGAAAAGGAGACAAACGAAGAAACAACACCUGUAAAUGAGACAAAGGAAAACAAUGAAGAACAAACAAAACCACAAAAACAGACAACAGCAGAUGAAACAGAAGAUACAAUAGCAGAAAAUGAGAAAACCGAAUAUGAAACAGAAGAAACAAAACCAGACAAAGAAUCAACAGCAGAUGAAACAGAAGAAACAAAACCAGAAAAUAAGACAUCUACAGAUGAAACAGAGGACAAAAAUUCACAAAAUAGGACAAAUGAAGAAACAACACCUGUAAAUGAGACAAAAGACGACAAUGAAGGACAAACAAAACCACAAAAACAGACAACUGCAGAUCAAACAGAAGAAACAAAACCAGAAAAAGAAAAAACUGAAUAUGAAACAGAAGAAACAAAACCAGACAAAGAAUCAACAGAAUAUGAAACAGAAGAAACAAAACCAGAAAAUAAGACAACCAAAGAUAAAAAAGAAGAAACAAAACCAGAAAAAGAGACAACUGGAGAUGAAACAGAGGACAAAAAUUCAGAAAAGGAGACAAAUGAAGAAACAUCACCUGUAAAUGAGACAAUAGAAGACAAUGAAGGACAAACAAAACCACAUAAACAGACAACAGCAGAUGAAACAGAAGAUACAAAAGCAGAAAAUGAGAAAACCAAAUAUGGAACAGAAAAAACAAAACCAGAAAAAGAGACAACUGGAGAUGAAACAGAGGACAAAAAUUCAGAAAAGGAGACAAAUGAAGAAACAUUACCUGUAAAUGAGACAAAAGAAGACAAUGAAGAACAAACAAAACCACAAAAACAGACAACAGCAGAUGAAACAGAAGAAACAAAACCAGAAAAAGAAAAAACUGAAUAUGAAACAGAAGGAACAAAACCAGACAAAGAAUCAACAGAAUAUGAAACAGAAGAAACAAAACCAGAAAAUAAGACAACCAAAGAUAAAAAAGAAGAAACAAAACCAGAAAAAGAGACAACUGGAGAUGAAACAGAGGACAAAAAUUCAGAAAAGGAGACAAAUGAAGAAACAUCACCUGUAAAUGAGAAAAAAGACGACAAUGAAGGACAAACAAAACAACAAAAACAGACAACUGCAGAUGAAACAGAAGAUACAAAACCAGAAAAUAAGACAUCUACAGAUGAAACAGAGGACAAAAAUUCACAAAAUAGGACAAAUGAAGAAACAACACCUGUACAUGAGACAAAGGAAGACAAUGAAGGACAAACAAAACCACAAAAACAGACAACUGCAGAUCAAACAGAAGAUACAAAAGCAGAAAAUGAGAAAACCGAAUAUGAAACAGAAGAAACAAAACCAGACAAAGAAUCAACAGAAUAUGAAACAGAAGAAACAAAACCAGAAAAUAAGACAACCACAGAUGAAACAGAGGACAGAAAUUCACAAAAUAGGACAAAUGAAGAAACAACACCUGUAAAUGAGACAAAGGAAGACAAUGAAGGACAAACAAAACCACAAAAACAGACAACUGCAGAUCAAAUGAAGAAACAAAACCAGAAAAAUGAAAAAACUGAAUAUGAAACAGAAGAAACAAAACCACAAAAACAGACAACUGCAGAUGAAACAGAAGAUACAAAACCAGAAAAAGAGACAACAGAAGAUAAAACAGAAAAAAAGAUUAAGAAACAAAAAGAUAAAGACAAAUCACAAGACGAAAAAGUAAGAAAAAAAGAUAAAGAGACAAAACAGGAUAAAACUGUUGAAACGAAACCAGAAAAAGAAACACCCAAAGUAAAAAAAUCAGAAGUACAAACAUCAGGAAGAGAAGACAGAGGAAAAUCAACUGCAGAACCAGCGGCAUCAACACCUGUCAAACAAAGAGGAGGUCCACUUUCAGCAGUAUUCACAUUUUUAUUGGCAGCAGUAUCUGCACCAUUGGGAGCUGCAUCAGGAGCUGUGGCGUGGGGAGCUGUAGGAGCAGGAGCAGUGAUCACAGCAGCAGCAGGAUCAGCAGCUGCACUGAUGAAAGUCGGUAGUUCAGUGUUGGGAGCUGGAGGAGCAACAUCAUCAGGAGCAGCUGGAGCAACAUCAUCGGGAACAGCUGGAGCAACAUCAUCGGGAACAGCUGGAGCAACAUCAUCGGGAAUAGCUGAAGGAACGUCAUCGGGAACAGCUGGAGGAACAUCAUCGGGAACAGCUGGAGCAACAUCAUCGGGAACAGCUGGAGGAACAUCAUCGGGAACAACUGGAGGAACGUCUUUGGGAACAGCUGGAGGAAUAUCAUCAGGAACAGUGGUGGCGGGGAUGGCUGUUGCCUUGAUUGGAGCAGGGAUUUAUGUGGCAUACAAAAUUUAUCAGCUGAUUGAGUUUUUAUUGACCCUUCCUCGACAUUUGCUUAUCAUGGUGCUUGUGGUUGUCUUCUACUCAUUGCUACUGUUAUCAUUUGGUGUGCAGGUUCGAAUGCUCGGAACCAUCCUCCUGAUACUUGAAGUUCUGCUACUCUUUAUUGUUUUUGUAAUAUUAGCAACACCAGUGAUACCAGGAGCAGAAACAGUAAAAGCAAUAGUAGCAAGAGCAGGAUCAACAGCAUUAUCAAUUGGAACAAAAGUACUCUUAUUUGUGGCGCAAAAAAUUUAUCAUUUUUCAGAAUAUCUGCAGACCCAGUCAAGACAUGCCAGACUCAUGUCCCUUGUGGUUGUCUUCUACUCAAUGCUGCUUCUAUCAUUUGGUGUGCAAGUGCAAAUGCUUGGAACAAUCCUCCUUAUAAGUGAAGAAUUGCUUCUGUUUGUAGUGUUGGUGUUUUUGAUCAUGAUAUUAGAAUUCCAACCAUCUGACCCAUGUGAAUCAUCGGUUAUCAAGACUUUGGGAGAUGAGGAUGAAAAAUUUGAAGUUACAUGAUGACCUCCUGACAACAAACCUUAUGAUUACUCCCCAAAGUUUUGCACAAUCCCAUCAUGCCCUUCCUUGUAAGGCUUUAAACUGGGGUUUAGUUAGUACCAUGUCCUUCAUUAUAUUCCUACCACUUUGUACCUUGGAAGGUUCUUCACUACCUUGCAAGCAUAUUUAUGAUGCAUGCUAUUAACAUUCUAUUAGCACAGUCUAAAACAUAUGAAGAACAAAUUGUCUGAAUGUUGUCAUUAUCUAAUGUAACAUUUUAAACGUGCACAAUGUGACAUUGAUUUGUUAUGUGUUUUCAACUGACUGUAUUUCUUUGCAUGAAGUUACAAUAGGUCUUCCUUGUCUGAAUAGUUGAAUUUUUACUUAUGUUUUAAUGUGUUUAGUGUGUUGAAUGUAGUAGACAUCAAUUAAGGAUAAAACAGACUUAAGAUCUUAAAUACAGUGUGUGACAUUCAAAUAAAGGUAAAUAAAACAAG